UCAGAAAAUGUACACAUGGGAUGAAACAAUAUGGCUGCCAAGCAACUGUUCAUGGAGUAAUUUCCAAGCCGACGAUAGAUACGCAAAAUUCAGUGAUCUUCUUUAUCCUCUUCUCUUUGCUUUCCCUCUCCUUCUGGUUCGAGGUGUAAUUGAACAGAAAAUAUUUAGAUAUGUCGGACUGAGAAUAGGAUUUAACGAAAAAGACAAGAAACAGAACUCCUCUGUAAGCUGUUGGAUCAAAAAGAAGAUAGAACGAAGAAAGUUAUCAGAACUAGAUAAGUUUACAGAAACUGGAUAUAGAUGGCUCUGCUAUCUUUUUCUUCAUAUUCUUAGUUUAAAGACAAUGCUGACAAAACCUUGGCUAUGGCAGUCUGGUCAUAUGUGGCUGGGAUAUCCCAACCUUCAUUACAUAGAUGGAGAAAUCUGGUUUUAUUAUAUGGCAGAACUAACCUUCUACUGGUCUCUAUUUUUCUCACAAUUUGUUGAUGUCAAACGUAAGGAUUUUGUUGAGAUGUUUCUCCAUCAUAUUGCUACACUCUCACUAAUGACAUUUAGCUGGAUAUGUCAUCUUCACAGGGUAGGGUCUGUUGUAAUGUUUGUGCAUGAUUUUGCUGAUCAUUGGCUUGAACUGGGCAAACUGCUAAAAUAUGCAAAAUUUCAGAAAAUGUGUGAUGCAGUUUUUGUAGUAUUCUGCAGUGUCUGGGUCUCUACGAGAGUAGGAAUCUAUCCCCAAUGGGUUCUAUACUCAACAACAGUAGAAGCAGGACAGAUGAUGGACAUGUUCCCAAUGUACUAUGUUUUCAACUUUUUACUCUCAGGGCUCCUAAUUCUUCAUCUUUUUUGGACUUAUUUUAUUUUGAAAGCUGCUUAUAAGGCUGUCAUGUUCUCUGAUGAUAUCUCAGACAACAGAAGUGAAGGAGACGAAUCAGAACCUGAAGAUGAAGGAGAAGAAGAAGGAGACGAAGGGGAAGAUAACAAUGACGAUAUAGAAGACAAAGGACUCGAAGACGCAGAAGAAGAUGGAUAUAAGUCUGAUGAUGAUUAUGAAGAAGAAAGCAUAAGUUCUGAAUUAGAUUACAGUAAAGAGGAAAAUACAUAAUAAAUUAAAAUCAAAUAAAUUAAAAAUAAAUAACCUUGAAUUUAGUUUUAA